GAGGCAGGUCUCUCGAACGAGUCGUCUUUCACUUGUACCAACCCAGACGUGUCCAGUUUACAAUCCGUCUCGACCGGAGACGAGGCUUCAACCGCCAGACCCGCCGCCUUGGUUGCUAACCACUCCACUCCGACCAGUUGCCGACCACGGGCCGUCAAGCGAACGUACUCAGAAUCCGUCCGACUGACGGACUCAUGCAACGGCUGUAGAUCCGCAGGCUUCAAGAGGCCCGUCAAAGAGGCGCCGGUGGGCAGACGAGACAAGCAGGAGGAGGAGGAGGAAGAGGAGGAGGAAGAGGAGGAAGAGGAGGAGCAGGAGGAGGAGGAGGAGGCGAAAGAGCGGAAAAGGGAUCGCUUGUCGGCGGACGAGCCAUCAAGACAGAACCGAAAGGGUACAGAUGCUGAAAAGACGCUCCUACAAAGCAUGCCGGUCGACGAGGACGGCGCUGCUAUUAAAGACUCUUCUCAACCAGACGUCUCGACACGAUCCAGCUCCUCUCCAUCGCAAUCCGGUCCGCCUCUCCAAUCGGCCAAAUCGCGACCCAACCAUUGCAGUUCCCCCCAGCCCAGUCGAGAGGUUUCGGGUCGUCAAGCCUGUACCUACCCGCCGUGUGAACGUGUCUCCUCGGGCCUCCUGAGGGAGCAACUGGGCGUGACACGCCUGUUUGCCGAUUGUCUGGUCGACGAGAUGCCGCCAGUCGGCAACAGCCAAAACAGCAGCCUGACACGUGGACAUGACGAGGCCGGUGAGACGGUGGCCAUCUCUUCGCCCAAUUCGACCUCGUCGCUGUCGGCCGGAGGACAGAAUGUCAGCGGACAGAGCAAUCCUUCUAUUGGCGAGUUGGUCUACUCAGAUCCACACCAGCAGAGUUCUGGCGACGAAGGGGACGAAGAAGAUGCCGAGCUGGACAUGUACGAAGAGGCGGAUAAGUGUGUAGAAGAACAAAGGGAGGAAGGAAAGGGCGAAGGAGAAGAAGAAGAAGAAGAAGAAGAGGAGGGGGAGGAGGAGGAGGAGGAGGCGCAGGAAGAGGAUGGGGGUAAAGGAGGAAAGCUGACAGAAACUUCUGCCGAAGAGGGCGACGAAACCAGAGGUUCUGAUGGCUGGGACAUGAUGAGAACUCGAACUAAGCGCUACCGGACUAUUAUCGGUCCGGAUCAACUAGAGCUAUUGAACGCCCGCUUCCAGAUUGACUCAAAUCCCAGCCGGCGAAUGAUGGACAACAUCUCAGCCGAGGUUGGACUGCCAAAGCGGGUCGUCCAAGUAAGCAAAUAUGAGCACACGGACAAGCAUAAACAAGUGCAUGCCCUUUCACAUUCGAAUGUAUGCGAAUGCUAUAAAAACUAUACGGGAUAUGUUAAACCCUAUUUGGCUUAA